AUGUCUCGUGACUCGAUUGAGACGACAAAUACAACAGAGGAAAACUUCAAAAAACUAUACCGCCUGGCUGACCUGACGAUCGAUGAGCCAAGUAAAGAAAGAAUACGUAAUUGGCUUUCAAAACGUCUUCGUAUCAUCACUCUUCCACAGUUUUGCAAUGAUGAACUUGAAGAUGGGAUAUCUGACUCGAGCAAAUCCCGUCCCAGUAAUCCGGCUACAAUUCCCAUAGAGAAUUUGACUUGUCCACUACGUAUGUUCGAUAUCGACACCAUGAACAUAGUGGAAGUAUCACGUCUCGAUCCAGAUGAUCGCUAUUGUGUGCUGUCGCACAGCUGGAAAGGUGCUGAGAUUGAUUAUAAAUAUUUCUGUCGAGCCACAAAACGAGACGAUCAGCGCCCGGAGCUCAGACAAAGCGACAUAAGUGAUGUUGACAUGCUUGAUGAGCAAUGUGGACUUGAUCUUGCGUGGGUGGUGACGGAGAUGCGACGAACCAGCACACUUCAACUGGAUCAGCGAUUUCAAGAAUAUUUGCAGGACAAGAAACUCAGAGAGGAUCUGCGAUCAGCUGAGCAAACUGAGGCUGAAGCAAAGAAAAAUAGAGCCACUGCAGUCGAACAGCAAGAAAAUGCGAACAAAAUCUUGAUGGGUAUGAAACAUUCUGCCAUCGAGGAUUGGGUGGCUGUGGCAGAGGAGUACGUUGAAAUCGCGACGAAUAUGCGACAAGUGGUGCAAGGGGAAAGGGCUAGAUUUGUACUUGAAAAUGGCAGUUCGCGUGGAAAUGCCAUGGAGAGCCUUCUUAAGUGCCUACAGCGAAUAAGAUCGCUACGCAAAGUGAAGGAAUCGAUCUCCAAAGCGCGAAAUAUCUUUGAUACCCGUGAAUUCCCCAAUUUUUCCAAGCGAUACCUUUGGUUGGAUACAUGUUGCGUUGAUAAGAGCGACUCUGGAGAGCUCACAAAGUCACUGGCACUCAUGGGAGAGUGGUAUGCCAACGCGGACUUUUGCGUUGUUCAUUUGGAUACAGAAAACGCCGAGGAUGACUGGAUGGAAGAGUGGAAGAUUUACGAUAUCGAUUUUACGACAGAGAAUUGGAUGGAUGACUGGAAGACUCGCAUAAAUCAAACUCCGGCUUGGACUCAUAAAGCCAAUGUCUUAGAAUUCAAUGAGAUCAAAGACGCGAAUAUAAGAUGGGCCACUCGUGGUUGGACUUUGCAAGAACUAGUUCUCAGCAAAAUGACGUUCUUUUUCAACUCUCAAUGGGCUGAACUUAAGAGAACCAUUGACCAACUCGGACCCUACUACUAUUUGACUCCCUUCUUGGAUCAUUACUUGAGGCAUGCAGACCUUCCAUUUGGUAACGCAUUGAUUGAGCUUCAGCGAAUGUGGCAAAGUCUUUUGCCUGAAAAGGAAAAUAAUGAUGAAGUAAGAGGAACUCGAAUCCUUCCAAUAUUCCUUCUAAGCUAA